CUCCACAAUUGUAAGCAUCCAUUGAAGUGGUUAGAGGGAGGGUGAGGAUGCAGGGAAUUAAAUUAGUGUUUACAAUAAUGUUGGUGGUUGCUGGCAUUGUAGCAGUGCCACGCAUCUCGGCUCAAGUAUGCAAUGGUAAUUUGGGUACUAUUCAAGAGGAAUGCGAGGAGUACUAUAAACCCGGAGGGCCAACUAUUCCGCCAUCUACAGAAUGCUGCAACGCUCUGAGAAAUGUUGAUGUGCCCUGCAUGUGCCGACUUGCUAACAAUUUUCAGUCAUACUUCAGCGGGGGAAAAGUUGUCUAUACCCUCAGGCAGUGUGGAAAAGAUGUUCCUCCCGGAACCACCUGCGGAGGUUACCGUGCUCCCCCUGCUUCUACUCAGGUGUGAACGUCAGCAUUGAAGACGUAUGCAUACAACUUCCCUUACCUCGGGAUCCAUAAAUAACUAAAUAAGCCAAACAUGGCCUGCAUGCGUCAUUGCGUCCUACAUAUUGUGUUUUUCUUUUUCUGUUUAUGAUAAAUAAAUAUAUUUCACUGGUUUAUCUAU